GAAGGGAGGACAUCUUUAUUCUACGGGGCUUUAGCUGUAGUUGGGAGGUGAUCUGAUCUGUCUCUCACUGCAGAAGACAGCCAGAGCUCUGUUUCUCUAAGCUCAGAUGGGAUAUUACAGAUAUGUUCAAUGUGUUUGAUCUUGCUUGGCAUGACAAUGACCAUAGGAGAUGGCAAGUGACAGCACAAACAGAUCUGGGACCAGGCUACAGUGACAAUGACCAUAGGAAAUGGCAAGAGACAGCACAAACAGAUCUGGGACCGGGCUACAGUGAUGAAGCACAGGCUCUGUCUCUGCAUGAUUCGAGAGGAAGGAACCAAAGCCCAUGAAGCAUAUGUUACUGCUGCUGCUGCCUCUGGGUAACAUCAGACAUUAAAUGGCUGCUUUCAGCACAGCUGCAGAACAAAACAGAGCACAAACAGACACGACCUGAGGUCCAUCUGUUGUUUGGGCGAGGAAGAGGCUGCUCUUGAUAAAAGAGACAGUAGAAGACUUGGGGAAAAGCCUGUAUUCACCAGCUCACAGCAGCCGAGGGGUGUAAGAUGCCCUUGAGUUCCUGCAGCUCCUUGUGAGAGACUUCUUGUCCACAGGACCAUUUGGGUCAUCAGGAACACAGAGACAGGAAGUUGCACUGCGGUUGCAUCAUCAGCCACCAUGAAGUCAGAUGGGCUGGGGACGCCAGGCCUCCCAUCCACCGCAGGGAGAGGGACUGGUGCUACCAAGCCUGGAGACACUGGCCCAUUCAGGGCAAAGAACGUCAAGACCAAGCAGCCAGGCGACCACCAGAGCACCACGGCUAAAGCCAAGACUACAACCUCCACAUCAGCCAAACCAGUGCUCAACGGUACGGCUGGCCCAGGGGGGGCUAGGAGGGAGGUAGCCACCGCUAACGGACCCAGGGGGUCCCCAACAGGGGGGAAGGGGACUAUGGACCAGGACAGGAAGCCUAACCCUAACCCUGGAGCCAGGCCCAAGACCUCUCCCCCAGGCACUACCUCCACAGCUCAGGCCAGGCCAGGGAAGCUGCAGAAGAAUACAGCAGGGAAGAGUGACUCUCUUCAGGGGGCAGACAGCAGCACGGCCCACCCCGCCACUACCACCCCCUCCACUUCAGGCAGUGCCUCUCCUGACAACAGUUCCGGAAGCCCACGCAACUGCCCCACCAUGCCAGAUCUUAAGACAAAAACCCAGGCUAAAGUUCUGACCAAAUCUCCACUGACCAAACCUCCCCAGAAAACAGACACCACAAAGACCAACAGCCCUACCAAUAAGCCCAGCACCAGAGAGGCCAAUAAAGCCAAGCUCCUCGCUACAGGAAGAACAACAACUGUAGGAACAGGAGCCAGAGCAGACACAAAGGGGAUGAGCACACCAACAGGCUCAGCUGAGAACCAUGUCUCUAGACCUGGGUCAUCCCUGAGUGCCAGAAAGCCUGCGUCUCCCAGGAAAGAGGAGGAUAAGGAUGGCUCCAAAGUUUCAGCAGACAAAGCAGCCAGGAAGACCACCCCAGCUACCGCAGCCACGGCCAAAUCUACUUCUAAACCAGUAAAAGCCAGCUCCAGCUCCUCUCCUUCCAAACAGCCUCCACUAUCAACAGCCAAACCUGGACCAAAGCAGAAUGCUACCUCUGAAUCUCCUACAGAGAAAGCCUCAACCAAGUCAGCGGGGCCAGUUAAAAACAUAUCCUCUGUCGUUUCAUCCAAAAAGCCUGCAGCUAAAGAGAAAGAGGGAUCUAAUGGUAAAACCUCUGCAGAGACACAGCAGGCUAAUGACACUGGUUCCGGAGCAGAGAGGGUCUCCUCACAUUCAGAUCCCAGAGAGAAGGCCUCAGAGCCAGUAGCAACAUCCACCGAGCAGAGUCCAGCUCAUAACAUCCCACUACCACCAGGCCCCCAGGGCCACAGUGGAGGAGGGGACUCCCUCUCCUUACCCCUGAAUGCCAGCCCUACGCUAAGUCCUCAGAAGUCUGCCAAACAACCAGGUAAACCUAACUGCACAAGAGGAGUCAGGGCUCUGUCCAGUCAGCCACCAGCAAUCAACCACAUAUUUAAUGGGAAUGACCUCAUAAACGGAGAGCCUGCUAAGCACACAGAGGGGACACACACAUGUAAACACACUCCUGGCUCAGCCACAGACCUUCCGCUGGACACCCCAACCCCAAGCAGCCCUCUGGAGGACUCGUGGAGCAGCCUGCACCACCAGGUCAGCCCCGAGUCAGAAUCCGGCAGUGCCACCACCUCAUCAGACGACAUCAAGCCUCGCUCUGAGGACUACGACGCCGGGGGCUCCCAGGACGAUGUGGAUGACUGCUGCUCCAACGACCGCGGCGAAUCCAAGGGGGGCGGCACCAUGCGUUGCCAUGACUUCCUGGGUCGCAGUAGUAGCGACACAAGUACGCCUGAGGAGCUGAAGAUGCUGGAUGGUGGGCUGCGGGUCGAGGUGAGGCUGAAGGGGUGCGAGGUAGAGACCACCAGCGAGGAGGAAGGGGUGAAGCAACGGCCGCGCUCCUGGCUGAGCAGGGACAGAGACGAGGUCCCUGUUGAGGAGGAGGUGCAGGCCAAUAUUACGGUGAAGCAGGUCCCCGACAGCCAGCUCUUCUCCUCUGAGGAGUCCGAGGAGUCUGAGGAAGAGGAUGAGAGGUCAGAGGUGGAGGUUCUUCCUGGUCACCAGGCCCCUCUGCCUCCUGCCGACCCCUCUUCUCAGUUUCAGGGCAUUGUGAACAUGGCCUUCGAGGACGGAGUUGACCCUGGUCAAGACAACGAACAGCAGCAGCAAUUGGACUACCAAUCAGCCUCUAACUUCCGCCGCUCUGUUCUGAUCUCUGUUGACGAGUGUGAGGAGCUGGGAUCAGAGGAGUGCGGGGUGCAGACUCCGCCCCAGCAACAGCCUGAUGACCCCCUCACGCCCUACGACGUCUUCGGGAGCGACCCUUCUCCGGCCCCUCAGUCAGUCCCCAACUUUGUCUCUCACUCUGGGGGGCACCUGGCAUCAGACUUUCCCAAAAGCACACAGCAGCAGCAGGAACAAGGCAACGAGCACAAGUCCAACAACAAACCCAUUGUUUUCCUCACUGAGAUCCAGGAUCCUCUGGUAGAUGACCAUAACCCCACCAAAGUGGAGGGAGUAGAGCUCAGCCCUGGUUGCCCUUCUCUGGACCAUGACCCCACUGACCUGCCUCCCCAGGAACGGGAGAGACCCUGCCACCUAGACCUCCGGCCUGCUGAACAGUACAGCAAUGGAGGAUCACCACGCAAGAACCCCUCAACCAAGCCUAGCCAAGCAUCUGUACCUGUGCAUGUAGACAGCAAGAGAUCAGACUUAAAUUACCCUCAGCAGAAAGGGGGCUCUCCUGUACAUGCAGCUAUCCCACAAUCCCCAGCAGAAGAGACACAUCCAGACAACUACAUCCCUCUGUGCUUGACCUUUAAGGCAGCUGUCCAUCCUAUCUAUCACCCACAGUCCAGGUCAGUGACUACUCAUGACUUAUGCAUAUGAUAUAAUUCUACAUUAUAUCAACAAUUUCAUAUUAUAAUCCAUUGGUCUGUAACUAGGUACCAACAAUGGUGAAAUGAGGGCCUCCCGCCUCUCUCCUAGUGGAAUAGAGGACAGGUUAUUGACUCAUCCUGUCAUUUGAUUAUUAAAUGGAUGUUAAGAGGACACAGUUGCAUUAAGGGUGAAACUUUAGUAAUCUAAAUGUUGGGAUAAUAACGGAAAGAAGUGACCUGCAGAAUACCUGUGUAAUGACUAUGGACUUAUGGUUAGAUGAAUCGUUAUGUCAUUGUCAACUGUUUUUAGGGGACAUUGAAGGACAAUGAGACCGACUGGAUCAAACAACAACCCCAACCUGUACACAUGACUGACGCCCCUCCAAAGCCCUCUCUACCAACUACGAACUGAACGUGAGACAAGCUUUUGAGCACCUCAGCUCCUCUGACAACAGGAGCAGGAGGAGCACAGUGAGGGAGGAGAACAACAAAGAGGAAGAUUACAAUGAAGAGAGUGGUAAGUUUGCGGAGCGUGACACGAGCAUGCUGAAGCAACUCCUCUCGGACCAGGAGUCCAGUCUUGGCAUCAUAAACCCAGUCCCUGAGGACCUAAACCUAGCCCAGUAUCUCAUCAAGUAGACCCUGUCCAUCUCCCGGGACUGCCUGGACACCCAGCAAACCUUCCUGCUCCACGAGAAGGAGACAUUUAAACGCUGGGCAGAGCUCAUAUCACCCCUGGAGGACUCCACAACCAGCAUCACUGUGACCAGCUUCUCGCCCGAGGAUGCUGCCUCUCCGCAGGGGUAGUGGAGCUAGAAACGUAUCACUGACAAACGCCUAUACAGAAUUAAGGACUAAUGGAUCAUCUUGGAGUUAGAAACACAUCACUUGAUUGACAGGUUUAAGGACUAAGAAGACACUAUGUUAACUUCUUUCUGGAUUUAUCAACCUUCUCUCUGGAUUCAUCAACUAAACAACACUUCUUCUGAGACAGACACUUAGUACUAUCUAUCAGCGGGACCUGUUACACUUUCUCUCUGGACUUCUGCAACAUGUCUUUGGUUUACUGACAUCUACAGUACCACAAUUAUUCUGUCUUGAUGUUUGAGUCAUCCUCUAUUUAGUGGUUGACUGUCUCAUGCUUUUAUGCUGCUUUUUAUGAGCUUUCAGUUUUUUCGGACUCUCAAACUGAGCUUGUUUGUUCGCAUUCAGUCCCCUUCAAAGUGCUUGACUUGGACUGAAAUAGGUUCCAGUACUAAUUUUGGGUGCCAGUACUGUUUAUAUUUAGGUAAAGGAGCUCCACAAUACCUUUCGAUAAGAUGAACAGGAGCUCAAGCCGUAGAACAUUUUAUGUGCCGGAACUCAGCUCCAGUGAGCUCCUGCCCAAGUCAAGCACUGCCCCUUCAUCUUCAGUUAUAUACUUAAUGGACUGAGAGUUUAAACACAAAUAAGCUGUUGUGCAUGUGGACAUUUAUGUAAGUUUAACUGUUUACUUGGUGUUUGCAACCUUUAGAAAGAAGAAAAUAAAAUGUCUUUCUCAUG